AUGAUAUCCUCUCCUCGCUCUAGUAUCCACAAUCAGAAAGCAAAGCUCGCAGCGGAUUACAAUGAUCUCCUCCGACAACUCUCUUCACCUAAGAUCACAGUCAUUGGAUGCUAUACCAUUGGUGAUACCAUUGGUGAGGGUACCUAUGGCAAAGUGAAGCUUGGCACACAUCAGAUCACAGGCAAACAAGUCGCCAUUAAAAAGAUCAGCAAGCAACAUGCUCCGCUCAUGGCGCGUGAAAUCCAUCAUCACCGACAACUACGACAUCCUAAUAUCAUCGCCUUGUAUGAAGUCCUAUCCACCGAAUCAGCUAUCUUCAUCGUAUCCGAAUACUGCCCCAAUGGCGAAUUAUUCGACUUGUUGACUGAAACAGGUCGUUUUACGGAGCAACAGGCUCAACGCUAUUUCCGGCAACUUGUCGACGCCAUCCACUACUGUCACGAACGUAACAUUGUACACAGGGAUCUCAAACUUGAGAACAUCUUGCUGGAUAUGGAUCACAAUGCAAAGAUCUGCGACUUUGGAUUCGCUCGUCAUGCCGAAGACAAGCAACUUUUGGAAACGUUUUGUGGAAGUCUAGCGUAUUCGGCCCCUGAGAUGAUUAACCAAAAACGGUACACGGGUCCUGAAACCGAUAUUUGGUCGCUUGGUAUCAUCUUGUACACUUUAUUGGCUGGCGAGUUACCUUUUGACGAUGACAGUGAAAUCGUGAUGCGCCGAAAGAUUGUCAACACCAUUGAGCCAACCAUAAGCAUUCUUGCUUUGAGAUCCGUAUCUUGUUGCUGCCAGAGGUACCAUAAUCCAACGUGUCCAAGCUACAGUUGCGACCCUCCCUGA